AUGGUAGCAAAGAUCUAUAGCUACAGCUUGGAAGAUUUAGAAAAAAUAGAGGACAUCAAAUUGGAGAGAUUUGACACCGAAAAUGCUUGGAAUUUAGGUACAGAAGCAAGAAACCUAGCCAUGUCCAGAUAUCCUAAUAAGUCAGUUGUAAUUGAUAUUUCGUUACCAUCUGGUCAAGUGUUAUUUCAUACUGUAAUUAAUAGUGGAACUGCUCUUGACAAUGAUGAAUGGGUAAAUCGCAAGAAAAGAACGGUAUUCAGAUUUGGUAGAUCGAGUUUCUACAUGGGCCAAAAACUUAGAUUAAAAGGCAAAUCAAUUGAAGAUGCACUUUUUAUCUCAGCAGUUGAUUAUGCCACCCAUGGUGGAAGUGUUGCUAUAAGGAAUGAGGGUCUGGAUAUUAUCGUUGGGGCUCUAACAGUUAGUGGAUUGGCUCAGGAAGAGGACCAUUUGUUGGCUAUAGAUAUAUUAAAAGAAUUCAAAGCAAGAUCCUAA